AUGAAACGACAAAAGAAUAAAGGGAAAACUGUGGUUCUACAACCAAAAGAUAAAACACAAUGGCGUAAGGGAACAUUGUGUCCCAUCAGAAGCGAGAAGUCUAUAUUUAUAAAGCCCUUGAACACCCUGCCAGAGGGAUUCACACAAAAAGAUGUGUACUUGCAUCCAGACAACAUAUCUAAGUAUGUCUUACCCGUGAAAGGCGGAGAUUUCGUGGAGUUUGUCCUCGGUGACCGAGAUAAAGCAAGGCCAAUGGCGCGAAAAGUAAAGGUGAUCCAGUAUUCACCGCGAACUUCCCAAGAACUGAUAGACUACAUCACGAAGUUGACUGAAGAUUUAAAAUCAGCUGAUUGUAAGAAAGUGCUUAUGGAAACGUUAUCCAGUACAGUUAUGUGGAGUUUUCUUGGAUCUCCUAGUUUUGCUGGUAAGUUCAAUUUGGUAUAACCGCAAUAUUUGUUAUGAAUUUCAAACCAUUCUAAUAUUUUAAAACUUUUUGUUCUCUUACAGAGGAGCCUGCACGAGUCUAUUACAUCAAAGAUUUGUUAGAUUUACUCAAGUUAAUUUUACGUGUUGGCAAAGCUUACAAAACACUUUUGGAAGAAACGGUUAAGACAGUGACACAGGGGAUGUUGUUUAAAGCAUCAGAUGAUAACAGUAUUCCUGCAAUGAUUAAGUCUGGCAUAUAUCACGCUGACAGAGAUAAAUUUUACUUGAAAGAUGUGAAACUACACUCAAUAUCUGCUGAGCGUUUUCGGAGUUUUUGUCAAGAUGUCGUUGGCCAAGUCCCGUCUGUCGCUCGCUGUCUCUUGCCUACAGUGACAGCGAUUAGUGAGAAAAUACCAAACCCAAAGAGUUUUGUAUGUAGUAUUCUAUCCCUAGCUCUGUCUGGAGAAAGCACUAUGAUUGGUGAUGAAGGUGUGCGCUUAUUUAUUUAUUUAUUCAACUUUAUCAAAAAUUAAAAAUGCAAUAUUAGUACCGUAUUUUUCCCUCCGUCUCACAACAAUGUAACAAAUUUUAUAAAUUCGCCUGGAAGAUCAACUUUAUUGUCUUUCUUGCUUACUUUGGUGGGGGGCCGGGGCAAAAAUAUAAGCUCUCUCCUAAUAGGCUCCUAUCUGUAACAAAUAACUAUCUCUCAUAAAAUGUGUUCCAAUUAUUCAGGAUUUUCGAAUAAUAUUCCUGUAACAAUGUUAAAUAUUUCAUAAUGUUCUUAGGCGUCUGGCAGGAGCUACCAUUUAUUCCGACUGAAAAUGAGUUGGCUGGUAAUUUGGUCGAAGCAGACAAACACCUUUCUCCAGUGAAGAAUUCCUACCUGGAUCCAGAAUCUUACAUGGACACAUACUUCAGACUGCUCCGAGCAGAGACAUUUUCCGCUAUCCAACAUGGGAUAAAAGAUCUCAAAGCAUGCGAACUGGAUGAAAGAGAUAUGAACGUGUAUCAUAAUGUGCAUCUGGCUGGAUUUGAAAUCCAAAAUGGCCGAUUUUCUCUCGCUAUUUAUUUCACGCCAGGAAGGAUGAUCAAGAAUUGGAAGGCCUCGCCUCAACUCAUGUUCGGGAAUUUGGUGUGCAUAUCGCUAAACCGGAAGUUUGAUGACGUCAUUUGGGCUGUGGUGUCCAAUAGGGAUGCAGAUAUCUUGAACAAACAUCAGAUCAUUAUGCUGGAGUUGAUAGAUGAGAACACCAAGAAAAUGAGCGAGAUUAUAAGUUCUCUACAAGCUCAUGCAGGUAAUAGACCUUACCGAUUAUUCUUUUUUACCCAAUGGUCUCGUUUUCACGUCAAAUACUUACUCAUGUUUUGAAAAGGGUUUACUCAGGGUUGAAAAUUGCUUUGUUAUUGAGCCUAGAGAACAACAAGAAACAAAUUCGUCCAGGAAAACAUGGGAAUAUAAUCUUUAUCUGCCCUUGACAUGCUAAAAUAAGUUAAUAUGGAAACAAGGCUUAGACAUGUUUAUUUUUAAAAUUACUUCGCCAAUGAACUCAUAAGAUGGGUUGUUUUUUAAGCACGUUAAAACAUUCGCAUCCGAUCUAAAUUUAUCUCAUCUCCCGCCUUCGGCUCGAGUUUGUAGUACAGUAUUGAAAAAACGAGCAGGAGUGUUUUAUUAGGUUUAAAGCCACGAGCGCGCAGCGCGAGUGGCUUUAGACCUAAUGAAACACGACCUGCGAGUUUUUUAAAUGGCUUCAAAAACGUAUGCAUAAUAAGUCAAGUCUUUAUAUAAAAAUCUUUAUAUAAAAAUCUUUAUAUAAAAAUCUUUAUAUAGUUUGCAUAACAAUGGUCUUUUGUUAAAGUGUUCUUUAGCUGGUAUAAAGACGUAUGCACGUGACUAAUUUCUUACUCAAGAUUGGAUAAUUGCUUCAUGAAUUAUUAAUGAGUUUUUGAAGUACUAUUUAAAAAACGAGCAGGAGUGUUUUAUUAGGUUUAAAGCUACGAGCGCAAAAACGUUUGCAUGAUAAGUCAAAAACGUUUGCAUAAUAAGUCAAAUCUUUAUAUAAAAAUCUUUAUAUAAAAAUCUUUAUAUAAAAAUCUUUAUAUAAAAAUCUUUAUAUAGUUUGCAUAACAAUGGUCUUUUGUUAAAGUGUUCUGGUAUAAAGACGUAUGCACGUGACUAAUUUCUUACUCAAGAUUGGAUAAUUACUUCAUGAAUUAUUAAUGAGUUUUUGAAUAUCAGAUAAAGAUCGGCUGCUCAUGUUUUAACUAGUACAUAAUAUACCUUAUAUGCAAUCAGUGAUGACGAUAGUCCUGUUGUUUAUACUCCUGAUGAGGGAACUAGUAAUGACACAUGUAAACAUAUUUCAUAAUAUUGAAUACAGGUUCUGGAGUCAUGGUAGAAUCACCGACCUACUACCACUCCCUCAGUCCUGUCCUACGAAGUUUAAAGGAAUUCGACAUGGAAAACUUCCCACUUCAACAAGAAGUCAUCUACGCAUGCUCCACGCCUGAUUUGCCCGACUAUCUGAAGGAAGCAAAGACGGUGAACACACGUCCGAUAUACAAAUCCGAUCCAAAAAGCAGAUUAAGAGACUGGCAAUCUGGCAAUGAUAUCUCUAAGGGAGAAAUGGACUUCCAACGGUUUCUAGAAGUAUUUAAUAUAUAUUCUAGUACAUCCCUGGAAGCAAGUCAAUGUGAAGCAUUGAAACAGGCUCUCAUGAAUAGAUUGGCCAUUGUACAAGGUACGGUUACCAUUAUUGUCUAUGUUUGUAGUGUCAACUUUCGAAGAUAUGCCAAUAUGUGGACGGAUGCACCAGACAUCAUUUCCAAUUGGCAAUAAGUAAGAUAAUCUCAUCAUGGGGUCGGGAUCGGAUACUGUUUUUACUGGUACCUCGGGAAACGAGAUUGGGUUUCAGACCUCCUUUACAAUAUGAUUACAAAUUAAGGGUAUAUAUCGUAUUUUGAUUUGAAAUUAUUGUAGAAAAGAUAGCAGUUUUGCAACGGCCCAACAUAGAUUAGCAUGUCCAGUUGCAAAAGCCACAGAAUGAAUAUGACCUCUCGUCGCAUGUUUGGAUCGUAUAUCCCUCUCGUUAGAUGCAUAUAUAUUUCUAAUGCAUACAUAUAAAUAUUCCAGUAUCUCAAUCAGGUCAGUAGCUGAGAAAUUAGAAAGGUUCUGCGUUAAGCCAGAGACCUUGUGUUGAAAUGCAGUGAACAUUCAGACACCAUUAGAGGCACAGUUCAGCCUUUUGAACGAUGGUUUUUAAGGCGCAUUUGAGCCCUUUUAAUUGAAAAAACUAACUAGGAAAAUCAAUUAAGCAUAAUUCAAAAUCCGUAAACUCGAUGUUUUUAACAAUAUAAAUGUUUUAAAAUGUUAAAAACAUUAAGUUUGGUGAUCUUGAAUUAUGCUUAAUUGAUUUUCCUAGUUAGUUUUUUCAAUUAACGAGGCUGAAAUGCGCCUUAAAAACCAUCGUUCAACAGGCUGAACUGUGCCUUUAAAACACCGCAAGAAUUAUUCUCAUUGAACACUUGUGUUUUAUCAUUCUUUCCUAAAGGUCCACCAGGUUGUGGGAAGACAUUCAUCGGAGUCAAAAUCGUUCAGCUGUUGUUAUCUCUUACUCCGAAGCUGGACAAACCCAUCUUACUGUUGACCUACAAGAACCACGCCCUUGACGAGUUCCUGAAACACAUGUUGGAAUUUUGUCAAAAAGAUGAUCUAGUUAGAAUUGGGAGCAGGUCGAAGGAGCCGGAGUUGGAAGAAUGUAAUCUUCAGUCAAUCAUGAGAUCGCUGAUGAGGGACAAGAGUUACAGCAAAGCAAUGUAUGCUGAGAUUCAAGAAACCAGAGAUGAAAUUCGUGAAGUGGAAACACAAAUCAAGGUGCUUUCCUCUCAAAUGGAUGCAAGCAGUCAUUUGACCAAGAAGAGUUUGAUUGCUGAGCUUAGCGAAGAUCAGUUACGUUCAAUUCUCGUAGAAACACCUCUGGUCCAGAAAGUAAAUAAGAAGAAUAUCGACAAGUCUGGGGUACAAGCAUUGGUGGCACAUAUUGUACAAAUUUUUGGCUCCAUUAAAGAUCCCUUGCUGUUGUAUUUAAACAGAGCAGUGGCAAAAGAUGACCCAAAUGCCGCACAAUACACACUUUGUUUUAGUUUGUUCGACAGGGCGUUUCAAGCGUGGUUCCCCGACAGACAAGAACCUCAACGCAUGAAAGCAUUUCAGUCCGAGUAUGUUUAUCGGGUUCGUAGGGAGACCACGGACGGCGGUAGCAAGAAAGAUGGGGCAAGUACAUCAAACGCUGAUGAUGGAGAUGACGAAGACAGUGGUGAUGAAGAACACGUUAGGGAAAUGCUUGAAAGAAGAAUGUUUUCUGGCUUCAAGCAAGGUGAGAAAUCACGAGAUGGUUUGGUUCUUUUUACAUCCUUCAAGACAACCACUGAUAACAAGAGCAAAAAGAAAAACAACGACACCACCAGCACACCCAACAAAACCAAAGAUGUACUGAUCGACAUUUCCGACUACCCCAACGAUAUGCAAGUCGGUCCACAAAUUCGUUCCGUGAAAAAUCUAUGGAACUUAGACAAGGUUGAGAGAUUGCAGUUUUUGUACUGUAUUCUGAGCGAAAAGACAUCCAGCACGUCCGAAGAGUUUGACCAACUUAUUGAAAAGCUUGAUAUAUUGAAGAAUCGAAAAGAGGAAUUGGAAAUGAAUAAGAAAAUUGAAAUGCUGUCACAGAAAAAGAUCAUUGGUGUGACCAUCACAGGAGCGUCUAUUAAUCAUGAUCUUAUUCAUCAGAUUGGUCCAAGUGUCGUCAUCGUUGAAGAAGCUGCUGAAAUUCUUGAACCCAGUCUCCUGGCUGCGCUGACCUCAUCCAUUGAGCACCUCAUUCUGAUUGGCGACCACAAACAACUCAGACCACAAGUUGAUACGUACCAACUGCGCACGAACUAUCAGUUUGAUAAGUCUAUGAUGGAAAGAUUAAUCGACUCUAGAUUCCCGUACAAAACCCUGACCAAGCAAAACCGAAUGCGUCCUGAAUUUUCAGCUCUACUAAAAGAUAUCUACCCGAAAUUACAAGAUAACCUCGAGAUAGUGUUAAAGAACGAGCCGUUGAAAUGCAUCGCAAAGUCAAUGUUUUUCUGGGCUCAUGGAGAUCCCGAGAAGAGAGAUCGCACUUAUACCAACGCGAAAGAAGCAGAACGUAUCAUGGCUUUGGUUUUGUAUCUGCUAUGGAGCGGCUGCCGUCCGUCUGAGAUCACAGUUCUGGCAGCCUACCUCGGACAGACUAAACUUCUUCGAAACUUGAUGAAACAAGCCAAAGAAAAACAUCCGGAACUAUUUCAAGAAAUUGACGACGGCAAUGGAGAGAAAGAGGGAUUUAUCCAAGUGCAAACAAUCGACAUGUUCCAAGGAGAUGAAAAUCAAUACGUCAUUAUUUCGCUUGUACGUUCAAAUACGUAUGGUGGAAUUGGAUUUUUGAAGGAGUUGAAUCGCCGUUGCGUCGCGCAGUCCAGAGCCAAAUGUGGUAUGUACUUCGUCGGAAACAUGAAUCUCCUUAUCAACGCGAAGCAUUCUUGUUGGAGUACCAUGAUACAUAAAAUGAUCGAACAGGAAUGCGCUGGGAAUGCCAUGCCUCUUCAAUGCUCCAAACAUGCCACAUCAAGAUGUGAUGCAGAAGAUGGAGACCAAGUCAAAGGAGUCAUUGAUAAUCCUAAACUUCUCUGCAAGGAGAAGUGUGGCGAUCUUUAUCCCUGUGGUAAACAUCGUUGUAAGAGAUCGUGUCUACCUCGGCAUAAUCACGCAGGUUGUGUUGAAAUUGUUACUGACAUAUUCCCAAAGUGUCACCACUUGGUCAAACGCAAAUGCCAACAAGAUAUUUACGAACUGCUUUGUAAGAAAGAAGUCAGAGUUGUUCUGGAGCAGUGUGGACACGAAGCUGAUAAGCAAUGUCAUCAAAGAAAUUGCGAUAUCCUUUGCGAUGAACCAGUCACUGAAACCUUUCCAAAAUGCGGUCAUGAAAUUGAGAAGAAAUGUUAUGUGAAGAUUGAAGACAUGUCCUGUGCCCGCCCGUGUGAAGAAAGAAAUUCAUGUGGUAUACAUCGCUGUGUCAACGAGUGUGGCAAGCGGCAUGGCCAUGACAGCUGCCCCAAAAUGAUCGACUACAGAUUCCCGGGCUGUAAUCAUCCUUCACCCAGAAAGAAGAAGUGUUCUGAACCAAUGGCUCAGAAAUGUAAAACCAUUGUGUGCCUCAUCGGACCCUGUGGUCAUCAAAUCGAUAAGCAAUGCUAUCAAGAGAAUCCCCCUUGCACGAAACAGUGUGAGGAGAAAAAUUCCUGUGGCAUACAUCGAUGUGUAAAUCAGUGUGGUAAGCUUCAUGACCAUAACAACUGUCAAAAAAUGGUCGACUACAGUUUCCCAAGUUGUAAUCAUCCUUCGCCCAAAAAGAAGAAAUGUUCUGAAACUAUCUCUUGGAAUUGCACUGCCAUUGUGUACUUCAACGGGUCCUGUGGACAUCCACUCCAGAAGCAAUGUUAUCAGAAGGACGGGGACGUGAAAUGUGCUGUACCUUGUACCAAACGGAGGCAAUGCGGUCAUCCGUGUGCAAACACAUGCGGAGAAGACUGCGAGAAGGGUGAUUGCAAGAAUUGUCAUGAUAUCCACAAAGAAAAGAUGAAGAAAUUCCACGAAGACGCGAAGAAGAGAGUGAAGGAUCUCGAAGAUAAGAUCAGCAAGAAUCUGGUUACUAUAUUCUCAAUCGAUGAAAUCUCCCCUACUGGUCCUGACUCCGCAGAAUAUCAAAAAGUUAACGAUAAGGUAGUGAAAUUCGUACAACCAAUGCACAACUGGUUCCCUAAAGUCACCAAGAUCGAAAAAGUUACCAACCUUAAUUUGGAGAAGAAAUUUGAAGCAGCAAAGUCUAAAGCAUUUGGUGUUCACAUUGAUGAAAAGUUCCAUGGUACGGAUGAUAAUGGUGUGAAGGGUAUCACAAAAGAUGGUUUCAGAAUGCCAGAUCAGAAUCCUCCACCAGGCUCCAAACGUGGAAUGUAUGGCCAAGGAAUUUAUUUCGCCACGGAUUCCUCUAAGAGCGCACAAAAAAUCUACACCAAAGGUUCUCAAAAACUUCUCCUCUGCCAAGUUCUUCUUGGAAAGUCGAAGGAAGUUCACCAGGCCGACUACAAUUUGAACAAGAUGAGGUUAAGAUCUGAAAGAUGUGAUUCCGUGUAUGCUCCUCGAGGAUCAGCUGUGAAGAAUGAUGAGUUUGUGAUCUUUGAUCCUGACCAAGCACUUCCUCAAUACAUCAUUCAUUUCUCUUCCACCAAUAACUUGGUACCACCGUCGCCAACAUCGCUGACAACCCAACCAUUUCUCAAAACGAAUAUGAAAGCAUCGAGAGCAGUGAAUUUUCAAGACCCGUUUGAAAUGUACUACAAUUUUGCUGAGUCCCACUUCAGAAGAAUGGCUGCCAAAACUAACCUACAACCUGUCACAAUUUCCUCCAUUGAUAUCGUCAUCAACAAGACUCUUGAAAGAAAAUUCGAAGCAACCAAACGAUUAUUCAAACUCCUGGGAAUUCCUGACAACGAAAUCCUUGCCUAUCAUGGUACUGCACCGGCAAACAUUGAUAAUAUCCUGCAAACUAACUUGCAGUUGAGUUUCGCCCAAAGACAAGCGCGUGGUAGAGGCAACUAUUUCUCAGAGUACCCGGCAAUCAGUUUAGGUUAUGGUAGCGGACUGCUCCUGUGUCGCAUUCUCCCUGGAAAGGAAUUUGUGGAUUCUACUAACUGUAAUAUACCCGCCGGCUACAAUUCCAAAAAAGUGUUGCUACAUAACCAGCCUGGAAUUGCACCUGCUGCCAAUGCAAGUGGUGAAAUGAUUAUCAUUGAAAAAUCGGAUCAGAUUUUGCCUUUCUUUGUUAUCCAUCGUUGAAAUUCCAGGAAUCAUAGAAGUUCAUUGAUCCACAGACCACAACAUACUUUUGUAUACGUAACAUUGGCAUAGAAUGAGUGACGAGUAGUUUCAGUUCAUCAAACAUACAUUUUUCUAAUAAUAUGAGAGGUGGAGCGAACAUUAUUAACAUUCAGGGGCCAGUUGUAUAAAACUCUUAAUCACUUUUUCUAUCACUAUUUUGUAGUUAAAUAGUGAUUAACUCUCAAAUACGCGCUUCUUAUUGGAUGACAUUUCGACUUUACUAUGAUUAACUUUAAUCACUUUUUUAUACAACCAGCCCCUGAUCAAUUUGCUGAUUUUAUAGUAUUAUAGAACAGCUAUAGCUUUGGAUACCUACUUUUAUAUACAAUAGUUAUUAUCUCGAGUACCGUUAAAAGCUAGUAUUUGACGUACUAUUUAAAAAACGAGCAGGAGUGUUUUAUUAGGUUUAAAGUCACGAGCGCGCAGCGCGAGUGGCUUUAGACCUAAUAAAACACGACCUGUGAGUUUUUUAAAUGGCUUCAAAAACGUUUGCAUAAUCAGUCAAAUCUUUAUAUAAAAAUCUUUAUAUAAAAACCUUUAUAUAAAAAUCUUUAUAUAAAAAUCUUUAUAUAAUAAUCUUUAUAUAGUUUGCAUAACAAUGGUCUUUUGUUAAAGUGUUCUUUAGCUGGUAUAAAGACGUAUGCACGUGACUAAUUUCUUACUCAAGAUUGGAUAAUUGCUUCAUGAAUUAUUAAUGAGUUUUUGACAUUGAUUUAAAGAAGAUCACUAUGGUUUUAUGAACUUAUAACUUAGUUAGCGAUACGUUAGAAAAAACUGGAAUUAGCUGGGGAAAAUGGUAUAAAAAAAAUUAAAAACUGUUUACGACUUGCAGGGAUAUUGGACGUCAAUGUUCGCUAUCUUGGCUUCACUUUUCUCAUAGAUCGAAUGACUCAAGUUCUUGCUCCAGUAUAUAUAGAGAUCAC